AUGGCUUUGUCGGUUUCUUCUUUCCUUGUUUUCAACUCAAAUCCCACAUAUGAUUCCUCAGCCGCCAUUGAUUUCUUCCGUUUCAUAACUUUCUCAAACAUGGAGAUGAAACUGAUCAUCAAUGGCGGCCACUGCCAUAACCAGUUCUGGUGCACUGUUCUUGUCUCCUUUGUCUUUUGUCUGUUAUUGUUUUGCUUGGAUUAUUCAGUUCUCUACAGCUCCGACAAUGACGUCUCCUUUGAUUCCGAGAAAACCCAGAAAGCUAUCCAGCUUGCCGCCAUUGAUGAACCUUCUGAAAUCCCGGUCUCAAAUCCAAUUUCCGAAGAUUCCCAGAGUUUUCCUUUCCCGGAAAAUAAUGUUUCAUUAGCUGUAGUUGAUAAUAUAACUGAUCCAUGUUCGGGAAAAUACAUAUAUGUUCAUCGUCUUCCUCGGAGAUUCAACGUCGAGGUUCUCGAGGAUUGUCGGAACCUUGUGAAGUGGUUUAAUAUGUGUCCUUCGUUGCUGAAUUCUGGGUUUGGUCCCAAAGUCGACACACCCCAAGGUGUUUUAUCGGGAGAAAACUGGUUCGAAACGAAUCAGUUCAUGUUGGAGCUCAUCUUCCAUCAAAGGAUUCAGCAAUACGAGUGCUUGACCAAUGAUUCAUCCAUGGCUUCUGCUGUUUACAUACCCUUUUAUGCCGGCCUCGACGUGGGGCGCUACCUAUGGGGCUAUAACGAAUCGGUCCGAGACUCUUCGGCGUUCGGUAUCGUCGAUUGGCUUCGGAAACAACUCGAAUGGAAACGGAUGUUCGGUCGAGAUCAUUUCUUUGUUGCCGGGAGGAUCGCUUGGGAUUUCCGGCGACGAUCCGAUAACGAAUCCAGUUGGGGUAGUAGGCUUAUGAACUUGCCUGAAUUUAUGAACGUUACAAUGUUGUCUAUAGAAUCAAGUUCAUGGAGCAAUGAAUUCGCCGUACCCUAUCCGACUUACUUCCAUCCGUUGAGCGACAUCGAUGUGAUCCGUUGGCAAAAACGAGUCCGAGGUCGAAAAAGACGGCACCUGUUCUGUUUCGCCGGUGCACCGCGCCCGACCAUGAAGGAGUCAAUCCGGGGUGAGAUCAUCGAUCAAUGUUUAUCGGCAACGAAUCGAACAUGCAGGUUUCUUGAUUGUAAGGCUGAGGGAAACAAAUGUGACACACCAGUUGAAGUGAUCAAAGUGUUUAGGGACUGCAAAUUUUGCCUACAGCCCCCGGGGGAUUCGUACACUCGGCGCUCGACUUUCGAUUCGAUCAUCUCGGGGUGUAUACCGGUUUUCUUCCAUCCGUAUUCGGCCUACGCACAAUACAUAUGGUACUUCCCUAAGAAUUACACCAAAUAUUCAGCUUACAUCCCUGAAAACGACAUCAAAACCUACAACGUGAGCAUCGAUAGAGCACUUUCGAGGUAUUCGGAGCAUCGAAUAAAAGCAAUGAGAAAAGAAGUUGUGAAGUUGAUCCCCAAGGUCAUAUAUGCAAAUCCGAAAUCAAGAUUCGAGGAUGCCGUCGACAUUGCAGUGAAAAGAGUUAUCAAAAGAGUGAACAAAGUUAGGGAAAUUACCAGAGAAGGAAAGGAUCCCAGUGCCGAGUUUGCUGUUGGGAAUCAAUGGAAGUCGAAAUUAUCUGGAACUGUAGGAGAUCAACCAUUGGAGCCGCUCUACUAAAGC